CCCCGGAGCGGUGCGGCGGCGGUGGCGGCACUCAUGGCCGUGCCGGCGGAGGUGGAGCGGCUGGAUGGGGGCUGGCAGGAGGUCUACUCUGCGCUCCAGUGGAUCCAGUUCACCAUGGCCAUGCUCAGCGUUGUAGGUUCCAGCUCAAUUAUUGCCUAUGCUGUAUUCCAAAAUGCAGUGCGGUCCCCCGAGGUGCGGCCACUUUUCUACCUGAGCCUCUCAGAUCUGUUCCUGGGCUUGUGCUGGCUGGCUGGAGCCCUGCUCUACAGCUCACCCCCCUCCCAGCAAGACCUCAUCUGCUACAACCUGCAGGCCACAGGACAGAUAUUCUACGUGGCCUCUUUUCUCUACACUGUCAACUACACCUGGCACCUGUACAUGGACCUCAAGGUGAAAUACAACCAGAACCUCUUCAGGGUGCCCCCCCAGGUUGUUGAUUAUGCAAGUUGUGUUGGCCGAACAGCAACGAUCCUGUCAAGCCUGAUCCCUUUCUUCCUCAUGGUGCCGGUGUUCUGCCUGGGCAACAGCAGUAACUGCUACCAGAACUUCAGCCAGAAACAUGGGUGUCUCCUGAUGCACACGGAGAUGGCCGAGCCCCCCGGCGAGCCCCAGAGCCCGAGCGGCUCCGUUUGCCGCGCCAUGCAUUUCUACGGCAUCGGCGUCUUCCUCAUCUCCUUCCUCAUCAGCUUCGUGGCCAUCCUGGUUAUCCUGAGUCAGGCCCGAGGUCUGUACAAAAGGUUUGUGAACUCCACAGGAUUCCUGGGGGAUCAGCAGUGGGCCAUGAUUAAGAUGGUGGAACAACGAGUGGUUUUUUACCCUGUGGCCUUCUUCUGCUGCUGGGCUCCAGCUGUCCUGCUUGGAAUGCUGAAAUUAACUGCUUCAACAACCAGCAAAAUCUACAUGGCUCUGCUGAUCCUGCAGGCUCUCACUGCAGCCUCCCAGGGGCUCCUGAACUGCCUGGUGUAUGGCUGGACCCAGCACGUGUUCCUGUCCCUGAAGCGCGGCUCCCGCCGGGACGUGGACACCCAGACCCCUCUCCUGCGCUCCCAGAAGAAAUUUUACUCCAGCACGGCCCCCAGCAACCUGCCCGACACCGCGGGCUCCUCCUCCACCCUGCUCUGAUGCCUGCCAGGAGAGAGGCAGAGUCCUUGCAAGUCCUGCAGAGCUGGGAUGGGACUGACCCUCGGGCAGCACAGCGGGACUGGCAGAGCUGGCUGCUCAGUGGACAGAGUUAUUUAUUUGAUGGAUUCUUUCAACGUGAUCAAUCUUUAGUCCAGACUUUCUCCUCCUGGAAAUAUCUGUAGAAAUACAGCAAACCCCAUGUAACAGCUCAGAGACCUGGUCCAGCUCCUUGAAGGUUGGGCAGAGAAUGUUUUAUUUUGUUUUAUUUCUCCAAGUCGCUGCCUUUACAAAUUAACAGUAAAGCAAAAUGAGUGUUUUUCAA